AUGAAUACAGGCGGACGAGCUCCUUCGCAUAGGCCCAUUACUCGUUCUAUUACCCGUGCACUUCGCUCUUCUACUAUUAAUGAACAGACCGUUUCGGAGUCCUCUAGUUCUCGGUCAUUAUCUAAUACCCAACAAAUAACAACUGUUUCUCGUUCUAGACGUGGACGAAGACCGAAAAAUACUUCAGUAAGAAUUGAACCGCUUGAACAGACAGAACAAGUAAUUGUACUAAGCGAGCAACCUGCUGAAGUUGAGGACUUGAGCGCAGAAGCUCUCGUAAUCUCAACAGAACAGCCUGAAACUGAACCUGAAACGAUUAAUGAAACAACAGGUCUGGAACCUGUUCGUAGUAGUGUCGUAGAAGAUAACACCCCAGCAGAUCAAGCAACGGAUAAUGAGCAAAGAAGGAAUGACAGGAUAUUGCAAGAAAUUCCUGGGCACAGAAAUCAAAAUUUGGUAGUACAGAUAGAAUCUAAUGAAGUUUCUGUUAGCAACAAUAAAGAGGCAGCUUCUAAAAAUAAAAAGAGAAAAAAUGAUAUUGAAAACAAUGAUGCAGUUGUAAAAAAAAAAAAAAGAAUAUAUAAGAAACCUAAACCACCUAAAAAACCUAAAGAGAAACGGCUAUCUCGUUUCAAAACUGUCUGUCCAAAAUCUAUACAACAACGCAUAUGUCGCGCUGAAUCAGAACGAAUGUACCUGAUUAGUCGAUCUAAAAUUAAUGAAUUGCACCAAGAAUUUGUUAUAUUAGGACCAACUGGCAAUGUUUAUACUAUUAUGAUCUCACAUAUGCCAAAUUGCACUUGCCCAGACUUCUUAAAGCACAAAUUUUGUAAACAUAUUAUUUUUGUUUAUCUUAGAGUUUUGCGCAUAAAUCGAGACAGUUCGCAUAUUUACCAAAAUGCGCUUUUAUCUGAAGAACUUCGUUCAAUAUUUGCAAAUGCUGCGCCAGAUCCGACUGUCUUGGCUAGAUACUUAGUUCGUAAGCGAUAUAAAGAAUUCAUAUCAGGAGAUUUUUCUCAAAAACGCCGGCCAAUUGAAGGAGAUUGCGCUAUUUGUUACGAACCUUUGGAAGAAAUCGAUCGUAAUCAAAUCGUGUGGUGCCAAAAAAGUUGUGGAAACAACCUUCACAAAGAAUGCUUCGGGCAAUGGAAGAAAUUAAAACAACGUGAAAAAGCAAAAGUUACUUGUAUUUACUGUCGUGGCGAUUGGAUGGAAGAUCCUACCAAAAUGUCAAUAAGCAAAGAUGGUUAUGUUAACUUUGGAAAUUUUUAA